AUGUUUGGCUUACCACAAGGAGAACCUUCUGAAGAAGAGAAACAACUACACCAACAACAAACCAAUGCCACUGUCAGAAAUUCAUUAUGUGCAGCUGCAUUACUAUGGGUUUCACCAAUGGUUUGGAAUUUUGUCAAGAAACAAUGGAAAUAG